AUGACAUCAGCCAGCGGAAAAGAGGCAGCAACUUGCACGGCCUCUUACCAGGGCACCGUGUGGUUCUCCCGCUUCAAGGGCCGCGAGGCCGCCCACUUCAUGAACCUGCUGCGCUACGACGCCAUGGCUUUGGGGAACCAUGAGUUUGAUGAAGGUGUGAGUGGAUUGUUGGAUCCUCUGCUUAAAAAUGUUAAUUUUACCAUCCUGAGUGCAAACAUUAAGGCAAAAACUCCAUUAGGAAAUGAAAUGAUGAAGUAUGUUCAUCCUUUUAAAAUAGUACAUUUUGACUCGGAACCGGUAGGAAUUGUUGGCUAUACUACAAAGGAAACUUCUUUUCUGUCAAAUCCAGGGCAUGAUGUAAUCUUUGAAGAUGAAGUUGAAGCAGUGCAACUUCAAGUGAAUAAACUUACUGCUAUGGGAAUUAACAAAAUAAUUGCACUAGGGCAUUCCGGUUUUGCUGUGGACAAAACCAUCGCUCAGAAAGUGAAAGGAGUGGACGUUGUAAUCGGAGGACACACAAACACGUUUCUCUAUACAGGCCGCCCGCCCUCCACCGAGCAGCCCGCCGGCCCCUACCCCUUCAUGGUGCAGGCCGACGACGGCAGGAGGGUGCCCGUCGUGCAGGCCUACGCCUACGGGAAGUACCUCGGCUUCCUAAACCUCGCGUUUGACGAGAAGGGAGAUGUCGUCGAAGCAGAGGGGAACCCCGUCCUGCUGGACAGCAGCGUGCCCGAAGAUGAGCACGUUAAAGAAGAAGUGGAAAAAUGGAGGAAAAACCUGGGAAAUUAUUCCGAAGAGAUUGGAAAAACUAGUGUUUACCUGAACGGCACAAGCCAGGCCUGCCGCUUCCAGGAGUGCAACAUGGGCAACCUGCUCUGCGAUGCUGCGCUUUAUGAGAAUGUGAAACGUCCCGCUGGGAAGGAGUGGAACCACGUUUCCAUGUGCAUCCUGAACGCGGGCGGGAUACGCUCAGCCAUCGAUGAACAGAGCACUAAUGGUAGCAUCACGAUGGAAGACCUGCUGUCCGUCUUGCCCUUCGGAGGCCGUUUUGAUCUGGUGAGGUUAAAAGGCUCCACUCUGAAAGAAGCUUUUGAGCACGGUGUGCGCAGGCACGGGAGGGGAACCGGAGAGCUGCUGCAGGUCGGGGGCAUCCACGUGGUCUACGACCUCUCCAAAGCCCCAGGGAGCAGAGUUGUUAGCAUAGACGUGCUCUGUACGACCUGCAGAGUCCCAGCCUACGUCCCCCUGCAAAUGGAUCAGAUUUACAACGUGACUCUGCCCUCCUAUUUGCUGUUUGGUGGAGAUGGCUACCACAUGCUUAAAGACAAGAAUCUGGGAUACAGCAAAGGUGAACCUGAUAUUGACGUUGUUUCCCGUUACCUUGAAAGAAUGAAAAGAGUUUAUCCAGCACUUGAAGGUCGAAUAAAAUUUUCUGGUGGAAGUCUUAUCCAAGGAAGCCUUACCCUGAUUGCCAUCUUGUUCACUGUAACGUCUUGCACAUUUAAUUUUUGCUUGUGA